AUUGGUAUAACAACCCUCCACCAACUGAACAAGGAAAUCACCAAGUGUAGUUGUUAAUAAUUUGACAAACAAUUCAUGUCUAAUUAAGUUGGUUUUUUAUAAUCACAUAAUUUUUUACGCAACGGCCAGCUAAUAGUGUUCAAGGUCUCUUCUCCAUCCUCUCUCUUGUCUCUCUUUUUGUAUUCCGUUUCUUCUCUUAAAACCCUGGAGUCGAAGCAUAAUAUUCUGUCUGGCUAAUUAGACCGGCUUUUCUCUCUGUUCCACCCCCAACGGGCAACAAAUGAGUGGGAGAACCUAUGUUGUGAUAUUCUUCUUCUGGGCUGCUCUUACUGUCAUCACCCCGACACUCGUUUUUCUUUCGGAGACUUCCAAACCCUACUCGGACUCGAAUGGUGAGCAAGUUGAAGGAACCAAAGGUAGAAGACUGAUUGGAAUCAUAGGAUAUGAAGCACAGCGUCGACCAAGAGUUCUGCCGACUACAGAAGCCCCUGCAGCAUCACCAUCACCGUCACCGGCACAAGCUCCAGUUUCGGAACUAAAACCAGGUUUGGAGCGUGGAGAAACCAGUCUUGGAAAGGUCUUUUUAGAGUCAUUGAGAUUUGUGAUCAACAAUACUAAGUUCAAGUUAAAUUAAGUCGGAGUCAGAGUCGGAUUCUUAUAGCAAUUUAGGUUAGUUGCUCUUCAUGCAUGAAAGCUACUUUGGGGACAAAGCUCGCACUCUUCGGUAUGAGCCUCUCCGAUUAUCUUUGGAAGAAAAAUUUAAGUGGGGCAUGUAAAGGAAGAGAACUGCACUGGUUUCCUGUAAAAUGUAUGUUUAUUUUGUUUUCCGGACGUCGAGGGGGAAUGAAACGCUAGAUUAAGAGCUAGUGGGUCGUUUUCACUGAUGUUAGUUGUACCAAAAAGAAAGGAAACGCAUAAGCUGAGGAGACAUUACGUGUCAGCAAGGACAUUGAAUAAUGGAUGUUUUCUUGUCAUCAUACAAAGUUAAGAGACUUUGUGACACGGGGGUUGUCUCCUAAGCAAGCAAGACAAAGUUCAACUAAUUGUGUUGGUUUCAUAAUUUGCUGCAAUUUGAAGGACCAAAUGUAAAAUUGGCUUGUAAUGUAAGUCUCGAUAGUGCAAUAAUAGAAAUGUGACCACCACUAGUUCUGAUCUUGUGAUGGGAGUAGGAUUCUCUCC